AUGGACACCCUUACGUACGUGUGCAGGGAGUGCGAAGCCAGCGCGUUGCGCAUUGAGGUGCCGUUAAUUUCAGUUAAGGCAACCGCUUUUAACGAUGACGUACCCGCGCUGAUUUCAUCCCACCGCCGGCUGCUCUGCAUGAACAUGAAGCAAUCUAACCGCCUUCGUGUUCUCACACACCGGGGAAGUUACGCGGAGGUGGAAGUGGGCGCUACAGUACUCCGCAACCUCGUCUCCUCUGAGGGGUUACUGGAACACUGCUAUUUUUUCGCAGCCGGUGGUAAUGUGGUAGCGCGACUGGCCCCCAUCAGGCAGGCGAACGGGGAUGUAAAGAUCGAGAAACGUGAGGUGCGUCUGCCCGAAGAAGUAUACGGUGUAACUGUGGGUUACGGAGAUAUCGUGUAUGUACUAGGGAGGUCUUGUGCUUUUGAGGUGCAUAUGGAGUCAUCAAAAACGUCACCAAUUGGACUGGCACCCCGCACUUUUGUAAAACAUUCGGUAAUUGGAUAUCAUCAACAGGCGAAAUUACUGUUAGCGCCGGCAAAGGCGAACUGCCUCGACCUCGUAUCAGCAACAGCCGGCACGAGCGUCUUACCGAAAGUCUGGGAACCGCACGCCAACUCGAUGCCAACUGCCGCAUUUUUCUUCCAGAGACGCAGUUUUUCGAAUGAAAAUUCGGAUAACUUGUUCAUUGUUACUGCGUCUCAUGGCAACAGGGAACUCCGAUUGUGGUCCUACAGCCAACGGACGAAGACAUUUACUCUCAAACAGGACAUAUCCAUCACUAUGGAGGACGAUGGAGUGGUGGAUGGGGACGAAAAUGCUUUUCUUAUUAGCUGCACACCCACAGAAGAGUAUAUAACGCUUUGCUCAAAACAGCGUCCUCUUGCUGUGGUGCUGGAGCUCAACCGCAGUAGUUUCAAGGUCGAUCGUGUUACUUCGUGGAGACUUAAUGGCCCCGUACUGGGAAGUGUGGCAGCUGUUAGCAAGAUGACAGAAUCGGCGAGCAGCACAUCUGUCGAGUACCAGGUGAUUUUAACCGUCCGCACGGCGACCGGUUUUUAUGGAGAAGUGCUGGACGUAGAAAAGCCUGCGGAAGCAUCCAACACACCUUCACUGAGGACAAACUCCGCCUCCUCGUGGUUUCCGAAAAACGAGGCGGCACACAUCGGUGGGACAGAGAUUGCUCUGCCCACAGCACUGACAUCGGUCUCUUCGUCCGUCUUGGGUGACAAAACGACAAACGCCGUGCCACAGGGAGUUGCAUCUAACAUUGUCCGUCAACAAGCCUCUCAGUUCUGUGAAACGCUGCGAAGCAUUGAUGAACGAGUUGUCAAUUUGCAAAAGCAUGCAUCGGAAGCGAUGCGCCUCCUUCAAGAGGCAUGGGAGCGAGAAAAAGCACAGACAAUCGGGCGCGAAUUUGCCAUUCGUAACAAAGGCAGGUUGGAGCAGCAACAACAAGUAGCAGGACAAUCUACCGAUAACCUCACCCCCAGGCAGCAGGAACUACUGGAGGAAAUCCGUUCUAUUGUGGAAAAGUCAGAGCAGCUGGCCGUAGAUACUGCCACCGAGGUAGUGAAGGCACAACUUUCCCGGCGCCUGAAGGACGCCGUAGCGAAGGGUGCAAAGGAGGCAGAUCAGGUUGAGUUGAGCUCCGGAACCCCCAUUGUUCGUUCCACGGACAGCAUGCGCCUGUUCAGCAACGGCGUGGACGCUGCCGUACGCACACUCGUUCGCGCAGUAAAAGGAUACCACAAAACGAUGAAAACUGUCGUGGAUUCCUCAUCAGCUGCGACAGCUAGUUGUGUUGCUAAAGCCAGGGAGUUCACGGCGUCCCUGAACCGUGAGAAGCAGUUACUUGCAUCGGAAUUGAUGGCCACAAUGGAGGUUGUGAGGCACGGCGGAGCACCGACCCAGCCGGUGGAUCCAGACGCUCUUGUGGCGCGGGCAAUCGCGCUAGCAGAAGCAAACGAUUGGGUCACCUCCUUUACGACCGUGUUGGGGGCAUCUGAUAUCACUGUCUUGUUGCACUUCCUCGAGAGUGAGGUGUGCGUGAAUAACGUGACAGCUAUGGUGAAUCCGCAGUCGAUUACCUUGCCUAUAUUUCUUAGCCUCUGUCUCCAGUUAUCCUUUGAGCUGAAUAACUUGCAGGGGCUCAUUCCAUCGCGUGUCAAGGCCCUUCACGCCUUCUUUGUUGAGUGGGAUGAUACACUGAAGGAUAUGAAGAGCAGGGCAGCAGAUGGUAAUAGCAAACACAAGCCGAUGUUUGAGCUGACAAAACGCGAGUUGCGGAAUGUAUUGGAACAGUUGGAGAUUGUCGACGAUAAAGCAGUUGACCGAUGCAGUCGAAACAAUCUCCGGCUGCUGAAGAAACUCAUUCACUUCCUGGUGACAUGA